CUCAAGAAACCCUUUAGCUUCUAAACUCUAGGAUAAGAAGAAUAAUACAAAAAAUAUAAAAAACCACUGACAAAACUGAAUCACUGCUAGCAAAGUAACACCUUUAGUUAUAUAUGAAGAACCUGUUUUCUGUUUCCAAAGAGAUUGAGCAGAAGUUUUGGUAUAUGUGAUUAACAAAAGAAAAGAAAAAAGAAAGCAAAAAGUUGUUACUUUGAUGAGUUUUAGUGGUUUAAUUCUUGACAAUAAACUAGAUAGUGGUGAAACUGAAAGUUCUAAAAUCAUAGCUGAAGCAGAUAUUACUUAUAGCAACGGAACAAACCACAACAACAACAUCAUCAGAAGAAUUAGCAGCAACAUCAACACUAACAGAAUAAUAAUGCCUUCUGGUGCAAUCUCACAACCUCGUUUAGCAACUCCUACUUUGGUUAAAUCCAUGUACAAUUCAUCUAGUUUAUCUUUAGCACUUAAAACAAACAUAGAAGGAGAAGGUGGUGAUGUGAAUAGAUUAAUGGCAGAGAAUACUCAUGAAGCAAAUAAUAGUUUGAGAAGGAACAGAGAAGAAGAACAUGAAAGCAGAUCUAUUGGAAGUGAUAACAUAGAUGGUUUUUCUGGUGAUGAUUUUGAUGCUGCCGACAAUCCACCAAGGAAAAAACGUUAUCACCGACACACUCCUCAACAAAUUCAAGAACUUGAAUCGAUGUUUAAAGAGUGUCCUCACCCUGAUGAAAAGCAAAGACUUGAACUAAGCAAAAGGCUUUGUUUGGAAACAAGACAAGUUAAGUUUUGGUUCCAAAAUAGAAGAACCCAAAUGAAGACACAAUUGGAACGACAUGAGAAUUCACUACUUCGACAAGCAAUUGAUAAGCUAAGAGCGGAAAACAUGUCAAUAAGAGAAGCAAUAAGGAAUCCUAUGUGUUCAAAUUGUGGAGGAGCAUCAAUUAUUGGUGAAAUUUCACUUGAAGAAGAACAUCUAAGAAUUGAAAAUGCAAGAUUAAAAGAUGAACUAGACAGAGUUUGUGCACUAGCUAGCAAGUUUAUGAAUCGUCCAAUUACUUCAUUACCAAACUCAAGUUCAGUACUUGGUAGUAAUAAUGGAAUGAAUGAUUUUGGAAUAUUAACAAGUCCUUUAGGAAUUGUGUCACAAAAUUCAACAAGAACAACAACAAAUAUGGUAACUAGUAGUAGUAGUAAUGGUUUUGAUAGAUCAAUGGAGAGGUCUAUGUUACUUGAACUUGCUUUGGCUGCAACGGAUGAGUUAAUGAAAAUGGCUCAAAAUAGUGAACCUCUUUGGAUUAAUAAAAGUUUUGAAGGUGGGAGAGAAAUUCUUAAUCAUGAGGAAUAUACAAAGAUAAUUAGUACUCCUAAUUGCAAACAAAAUGGUUUUGUUUAUGAAGCUUCAAGAGAAACUGGUGUUGUUAUCAUAAACAGCUUGGCUCUUGUUGAAACUUUAAUGGACUCAAAUCGAUGGUCAGAGAUGUUCCCUUGUGUGAUUGCAAGAUCCUCAACAACUGAAGUCAUAUCUAAUGGAAUAAAUGGAACUAGAAAUGGUGCUCUUCAAUUGAUGCAUGGUGAAUUACAAGUACUAUCUCCAUUGGUUCCUGUUCGUGAGGUGAAUUUUCUAAGAUUUUGUAAGCAGCAUGCAGAAGGAGUAUGGGCAGUGGUUGAUGUGUCCAUAGAUAGAAUGAGAGAAACUUCUUCUGAUGCAUCCCCCAAUUUUCUCAACUGUAGGAAGCUUCCUUCUGGUUGUGUGGUUCAAGAUAUGCCAAAUGGUUACUCUAAGGUGACAUGGGUGGAGCAUAUGGAGUACGAUGAAAGGCAAGUUCAUGAGCUGUAUCGAGGGUUGUUGAGAUCAGGCAUGGGGUUUGGUGCACAACGUUGGGUUGCAACCCUCCAACGCCAAUGUGAAUGUCUAGCCAUCCUAAUGUCAUCAACAACACUACCCUCUACACAACACUCAGCAAUAAGCACGGGAGGAAAGCGAAGCAUGCUGAAGCUAGCACAAAGAAUGACGAACAACUUUUGUGCCGGAGUAUGUGCAUCAACGGUGCACCAAUGGAACAAGUUGAACGUGGGAAAUGUAGGUGUGGAUGUUAGGGUUAUGACACGAAAGAGCAUUGAUGAUCCGGGUGAGCCACCGGGGAUUGUGCUAAGUGCAGGAACCUCCGUGUGGCUACCCGCAUCACCACAAAGAGUGUUUGAUUUCCUCCGCGAUGAGAGGCUCAGAAGUGAGUGGGACAUACUCUCCAAUGGCGGACCCAUGCAAGAGAUGGCUCACAUAGCCAAAGGACAUAAUCAUGGAAAUUCUGUGUCUCUCCUACGAGCUAGUGCUAAUAAUUCAAGCCAGAGUAGCAUGUUGAUUUUACAAGAGACAUGCACAGACGCGUCUGGGUCGCUUGUUGUUUACGCGCCAGUAGACAUUCCCGCUAUGCAUGUUGUAAUGAACGGUGGUGACUCAGCUUACGUUGCGCUUCUUCCGUCGGGUUUUGCCGUCUUGCCAGAUGGACAAUGUCAGGAGAGUAAUAAUCACGGAGGCGCGUCGCAGCAGAGAGCGAGUGGAUCACUUUUGACAGUUGCGUUUCAAAUACUUGUUAACAGUCUUCCCACGGCGAAGUUGACGGUGGAAUCAGUGGAGACGGUCAAUAAUCUCAUUUCGUGCACUGUUCACAAGAUAAAAACUGCACUUCAAUGUGAGACUUGAAUGUCACCUGACACCGUUUAUAAACCAUAAUUUUAAUCUUUUAAAAGUAUACUAAGAUGUUAUUUCGAUUUUUAUUAACUCAAUCAACGAUCUAAACUAGUCAUCUAUCGUUAUAAUAGUCUUGAAAUAUAUA